GGAGGGGAUUUUUUUUUGGAGGGGGUAGUGCUAGUCUUUGACUUCCCCACCUUCCCCCAUGACUAGAAGAACGUCCCUUCUGGAAGACUCUGGGGCUAGAGCAACGCCGGGCUUGGUGUCUCCCUCCAUUCCCUUCCCCUCCCGAUCCAGGCGGUUCUUCUUUCCCGCCGCCGCCGCCGCCCAGCGCCACCUGGCAUCUCCAGGGCGACCGGGCCGUCAACAAGAUGGCGGAAGAAAAAGACAACGGAGAUGAAGAAAUGGAGACAAACAGGGUUAAGGGAUUUGCCCAGGGUCACACAGCUAGUAAAGUGUCUGAGACCAGACUUGAACUCGAUGCAGGAUUGCUAGAACUUCAAAAAAAGAUCAAAGAAGCUUUUGAGGUUUUUGACCAUGAAUCCAAUGACACUGUGGAUGUCAGAGAAAUUGGCACAAUUAUUAGAUCAUUGGGUUGCUGCCCAAGUGAAGGAGAACUACAUGAUUUGAUUGCAGAGGUGGAGGAAGAAGAACCCACUGGAUACAUUCGUUUAGAAACAUUUCUUCCGAUGAUGGUUAAAGUGCUCAAGGAAAGAAGAUACAGACCAGUUCCAGAAGACGUUCUUCUUCAAGCAUUUGAGGUGUUAGAUACAGCUAAAGGGGGAUUUCUUACUAAAGAAGAUCUGGUCAGGUAUAUGACUGAAGAAGGUGAGCCUUUUACCCAGGAGGAAAUGGAAGAAAUGUUGUCUGCUGCACUUGAUCCAGAUACAAACACAAUUCAAUACAGAGACUAUUUAGCAAUGAUGGUGAUAGAUGAAAAUUAAAAAGUUUCAGACAUUUAAUUAUUUUUAGAUUUUAAACUUGUAUUUCCUACUUCUGACUAAUAGAUAUUAAUUUAGGAAAAACAUCUGGAAAAAUAAUAUUCUCUUUCUAACUUAAAGCAUUUAUUGAUGUAUAUAGCCCAAGGAAAUAAAAAAAAUAAAUCCACUAAUGUCCUAUGGACUUUUGAUAGAAAAUUUUAGUGUUACCUAAAAAGGAUUUGUUUUCCUCUAUAGUAUAGAUUGCCAUUAAAAUAUUGUUGAACUAAUUAUAGAAAGACAGUGAAGAACAACUGAUCUGGCAUAAGCCAAGCCCUUCCUCCAGCUCUAUGAGUGGCACAGAAGCCUAUGACUUCAGAUCAGUUAGUUUGGAAUGACAGUAUUCACAAAGAGAGUGUGGUAGGUAUAGGGCAUUGCAGCAUUCCAAUGAGGUACAAAAGCCAAAGAUUUACUUACUAGAUUUCCUUUUAAUAAAGAAAAUCUCCAUCUUUGACACACAUCAGUAAUGUUUUAAUGUUUUUUUUUGAUUCCAGGUUUUUUUAGGGCUUAUGUUUGGCUAGAUCAGAUGGUAGAAAUAGGACUAGAACAGUCAUCUUUCUUAAUUCCUCUUAUGAUUGGGAAUGCUGUUUGUAAGAUCUAGUGGGCCACCAUUAAAGGAAAAAACUCAUCUACA